GUGUACAUGAACGACGUCAUCACGGCGAUGACCUCGGCAGCAAGCGGCGACGUGUCGCAGCCCCUGCGCAUCUACUCCGCGCACGAUACUAACGUGUACCCCGUUAUGGCGGCAGCGCGCAUCACGCCGCGCCAGGGCGUGCCACCAUACUGCUCUUCCUUCGCGCUGGAACUGCGCAAGCGCACUGAUACUGGUGAUUAUGUCGUGCUGCCGGUGUACCAGAGCUCGCCGGACGCCGAGUUGAUGUACCUGCAGGUGGAGGGGUGCAGCGCGCUGCUGUGUCCGCUCGACGAGUUUGUCUCCAUCACGAAGCCCUUCGUGCUGGACGAGGACACGUGGCGCGAGAAGUGCGGCUACACCGACGACCUGGUCAUCGAUGACUCCAACAUCAAUUAAGUCCUGAAUGUGAAAAUAAAAUAAAUGUGAUAAUAAUUAGUAUUUAGGCUGAUUACACCCGAAUGAAAAAAGGUUAUAACAGUGAUGCGCUUUAUGUUGUGUAUAAUACUCUCAAUAGAAGUUUCCAUCCUUCAUCCCGUGAUUCCUACUCCUUCAUUGUAUAUAUGGUGUAUACAAUAUUAUGUUAAUAUAAUAAGUGUCGAUAGAUGAUAUUGUCUUUAAUUUUAGCUGUGUAUUUCAUUUUGAUCCAAGUAAUAAAUUCAUGGCUUAAUAUUGUACCAUG